UGAAACUCAGCAAUGGCGUCGACGAAGCCAGGUCCCGUAAUCAACCUCGAAGAAGAGGCGGAAGACGGCGGCGCAGCCGCAGAAGGUUCGAUUUUCACUACGAGCGUAUUCGUCUGCGACUCUCCGCUCGACGAGAGAGACAUCGAUUGCGAUCCUUAUUUCCCUUUCGCAGGACACCCAAUUUCAGAUUCAGAGCCUGAUCCUUACAUCUGCCCCAUCGAUUUCUUCGAUCGAGAUACCUCCGAGGCUGAAGCUGGGGUGUACUUGGGAUCUGAAGGAGUUACCGGCGAUGAUUUCAAUGUUUGGGGCUUUUACGAACCUAAGGAAGAAGAGGAGGAGGAGAUAGUCUUGGGGACUAGAUGUGAGUCCGGAUCCGGGUCGGAUCAGCAAGGCCUUCGAGUGACCGGUCUCGAUUCGGAUUCGGAUUAUGAAGAUGGCGUGUUCGAUUUUACUUACGAGGAAAGUGGGAAUUUGGAAAAUGAAUCGGGUCGGGUCGAGGUUGUUGGUGCGGGUCUUCCUCCUCUAUGGGAUUACGACUUGGGUGAUGAAACUGAAGAAUGGGAGGAGGUGCAGAACGCUAUUAACUUGACGGUUAGAGCAUUUAGUAGAUCCGAAGAAGAAGAAGAAGAGUUGUCUUCGCAAUCACGCGAUGAUCAUGAAGAAGAAGAACAUGAGCUUGACUGGCAGGUUUUGAUAACUAUCAACAACGUUGUUAAUUACAUCGAACAAGCUGAAGGUAUCACGAUCAGCCCUGGCGAUAUCGAUCCGAGUUACUACAUGUAUCUAGCUAGUUUGGGUGAUGGUGAGAAUGAUGAUGAUGCUGUUCUUGGGCACAUAUUUGAUAACGAGGCUGGAAUCAGGGGGAAUCCUCCAGCUUCCAAAAGUGUUAUUGAGGAUCUUCCUGUUGUGGAAGUUGCAUUGGAAGAAGGGGACAUGGUUUGUGCGGUCUGUAAAGAUGAAAUGGUUCUAGAGGAGGAAGUGAAGAGGCUUCCUUGUAGGCAUUUGUAUCAUGGAGAGUGUAUUACUCCUUGGUUGGGGAUAAGGAAUACUUGUCCGGUUUGCAGGUUUGAGCUUCCUACUGAUGAUCUUGAGUAUGAAAGGCAUAGGAGAUCACAAAGGAGUGACACCAGUCUUUUCCUUGCUGGGUAGAUAUAAGUUAAUGGAAUGUGAAGUAUCUGUUCCCCAUGUAAAUAGCCACGGUGUAAGAGGCAAAGAUCUUUACUUAUCGUGAAUGCCACAAUGUUCAAGCUGUAUAUAUUUCUUUUUUUUAUGAAAUAAAUCAUGUUAAAACUUUUAA